UUUCGUUAUGCAGCACUACUCGAAUUAUCUGGGUUUAACGCGGGAAAGAAUAGCACGACGCAUUUGCACUAAAUAUUAACAAAGUUGCAAUUACUACAUUGAAAUAAAUAGACUGCAACAUGGUCGAGCGCAUUGAAGACUUAAAUCUACCUAAUGCUGUGAUUGCCCGAUUGAUUAAAGAAGCCUUACCGGAGGGUUCCAAUGUAAGCAAAGAGGCGCGUGCCGCAAUCGCGAAAGCAGCGUCUGUUUUCGCAAUAUUUAUAACUUCGUCCUCGACGGCAUUGGCGCACAAGCAGAACCACAGGACCAUUACAGCCAAGGAUAUUUUGCAAACACUCAACGAACUGGACUUUGAAAGCUUUGUUCCGUCGUUGACCCAAGACUUGGAGGUCUAUAGAAAGAUGGUAAGGGACAAGAAGGAGAGUAAGGCCAAAAAAGAUAGCAUGGCUGCAGAUGCCACUGCCAGUAGCAGCGCUGCGGCAGCCUCUGCCGGAAAUGAAGACGCCAACUAAUAAGGGCAGCUGAGCUAAAAUUGUCGCUAGUAACAUUUGGUCACGCACUACUCUUAAUGAGCAUUCAAUCGCGUUAUAUAUAUAGAUAUGUAUACAUAAUUGUGUGUUAAUACUUGUAAGGCAUAUGUUUCUAGUAUAGUUUAUCUUAUAAAUAAAAUUAAACGAGUCAGCAAAAUUAAUGUAUUCCGAUACAUCAUUGUACUGACUCCAAAACUCUUAGUCCGUAACGCUAUAAAUAUAAAUACAUGUGUAAAUUAACAUAACAACGUUUACUUAUGUAUAAGACCUAAUUAUUUAAAUCCUGUAUGUAAUGUGGUAAACUUUUAAUUUACAUUGAUCUAAGUAGAAGGCGUUCUAAGCAAGAGUCACCGGAUCGCCUGCAUUUGAAAAAGGUCAGCUUCAGUCUGGAGCGUAUAUCACAAAAACAAAACUAACUUUGCCAAAAAUCGUUUUUUUUUAACAAAAUAAAUCAAGAAUAUAUGUAA